CCAAGAUGGCGGCUGUUGUUGAAAAUGUUGUAAAACUGCUGGGAGAGCAGUGCUACAGAGAUGCCAUGGAGCAGUGCCAUAACUACAACGCCCGGCUAUGUGCCGAGAGGAGUGUCCGAAUGCCCUUCCUGGACUCUCAGACUGGAGUGGCGCAGAGCAACUGUUACAUUUGGAUGGAGAAGAGACACAGGGCACCAGGAGUGGCCCCAGGACAGCUGUACACCUACCCAUCCCGCAGGUGGAGGAAGAAACGAAGAGCCCUCCCCCCAGAGGAUCCCCGGCUGGUCUUCCCCCCUCUAAAGUCAGAACUGGACUUGGGUUUUAAGAAGGAUGCCCUGUCAUCAUCUGAUGGCAGCAGUCUGGAAGCCCUGCUGAAGGGGGAACCCCUGGACAAGCGGGGUCCUCCGGAGCUCCAAGGGCCAGAAGAGGAGUCCAGUCUGGCAGACUACACUUGUGGGGGAGUCACCCCUGCAGCACGCGUCAGAAAGAGAGUCCUGGAGCCAGAUGACUUCCUGGAUGACUUGGAGGAUGAGGACUAUGAGGAGGACACCCCCAAAAGAAGAGGCAAAGGAAAGGGAAAGGGUCGUGGAGUGAGCAGUGCCAAGAAGAAGCUGGAUGCUGCGGCGGCUGCAAUGGAGGACAAGGACAAGCCUUACUCCUGUGACAUCUGUGGGAAGCGUUACAAGAACCGUCCGGGCCUGAGCUACCACUACGCCCACUCCCACCUGGCUGAGGAGGAGGGCGGGGACAAGGAGGAGCCUGAGGUCCACACCCCCACCCCGCCCCAGCCUGAGGAGCCCAAGACACCCAAGAAAGGUCCAGAUGGUUUAGCGAUACCCAAUAACUACUGUGACUUCUGCCUGGGAGACUCAGCCCUCAACCAGAAGACGGGCCAGUCAGAGGAGCUGCAGUCCUGCUCAGACUGUGGACGUUCAGGCCACCCGUCCUGCCUGCAGUUCACCCCUGUGAUGAUGGCUGCAGUGAAGACCUACCGUUGGCAGUGCAUCGAGUGCAAGUGCUGCAACAUCUGUGGCACCUCAGAGAACGACGACCAGCUUCUCUUCUGUGAUGACUGUGAUAGAGGCUAUCACAUGUACUGUCUCAGCCCUGCUAUGGCUGAACCUCCAGAAGGGAGCUGGAGCUGCCAUCUGUGUCUGGACCUGUUGAAAGACAAGGCGUCAAUAUACCAGACACCUAAUGCCCCUCCAUCGUGAUGGACCCCCACCCUCUCACAGGUUCUCCAUCACUGGUCAGCAGAGAGGAGUGGGUGGGACAGAUGAAUUGUGAAAAGGGAAGCAUACCUCACCAACCCUCCUUCUGAAACAGGCCCUCGGGGAAGCAUACCGUACCAACCCCCCUUCUGAAACAGGCCCUCGGGGAAGCAUACCUUACCAACCCCCCUUCUGAAACAGGCCCUCGGGGAAGCAUACCGUACCAACCCUCCUUCUGAAACAGGCCCUCGGGGAAGCAUACCGUACCAACCCCCUUCUGAAACAGGCCCUCGGGGAAGCAUACCGUACCAACCCUCCUUCUGAAACAGGCCCUCGGGGAAGCAUACCGUACCAACCCCCUUCUGAAACAGGCCCUCGGGGAAGCAUACCGUACCAACCCCCUUCUGAAACAGGCCCUCGGGGAAGCAUACCGUACCAACCCUCCUUCUGAAACAGGCCCUCGGGGAAGCAUACCGUACCAACCCCCUUCUGAAACAGGCCCUCGGGGAAGCAUACCUUACCAACCCCCUUCUGAAACAGGCCCUCGGGGAAGCAUACCGUACCAACCCUCCUUCUGAAACAGGCCCUCGGGGAAGCAUACCGUACCAACCCCCUUCUGAAACAGGCCCUCGGGGAAGCAUACCUUACCAACCCCCCUUAUGAAAUAGGCCUCGGGGAAGCAUACCUUACCAACCCCCUUCUGAAAUAGGCCUCGGGGAAGCAUACCUUACCAACCCCCUUCUGUAGUAGGCCUCGGGGAAGCAUACCUUACCAACCCCCUUCUGUAGUAGGCCUCGGGGAAGCAUACCUUACCAACCCCUUCUGUAGUAGGCCUCGGGGAAGCAUACCUUACCAACCCCCUUCUGUAGUAGGCCUCGGGGAAGCAUACCUUACCAACCCCUUCUGUAGUAGGCCUCGGGGAAGCAUACCUUACCAGCCCCUUGCUGAAAAAGGCCUUGGUUUGGAAGGGAAACACCUUACCAAGCCCGUGUUGAAACGGGUCUUGGUUUGGUUCUUAUAUGGCUGUUACACAGUUCCAAGCUCAAGUGACUCAUAGGCUUUUGUUUUCAACUAUUUGUCAAUAUAUCAAACCCAAUGUAUCAAUAUCCUGAACUUGACAAUACAUGAAGUUUGUUUGAGUGGCUUAAACCACAAACAGAUUUUGCCAGCCAAAAUACCUGAACACACAGUCUCACAUACAGUUCAUGCACACGACUGCUCAGAUCCUACUUUUAUUCGGCAAAAUAUCAGUUUUGCAUGUAAAGGAGACAAAUAGUUUGAGUCAAUUAGCAUGCCAACGCUUGUUCAUAAUAAGAACAUGUUCAAAGGUUUUGUAUAUUUAUAUAUUUGUAUAGAAUAUAAAGGUGGGAAUUAUUUAAAAGCUGCCCUCUGUUCAGCCAUUACAUUCCACUCCUUGACAUUCAUGUCAUUUGCAAAAGACUGGAGUGACAAGGAGUGGAACGCUAGCUAAAAGACUGGAGUGACAAGGAGUGGAAUGCUAGCUAAAAGACUGGAGUGACAAGGAGUGGAACGCUAGCUAAAAGACUGGAGUGACAAGGAGUGGAACGCUAGCCUAAAAGACUGGAGUGACAAGGAGUGGAACGCUAGCCUAAAAGACUGGAGUGACAAGGAGUGGAACGCUAGCCUAAAAGACUGGAGUGACAAGGAGUGGAACGCUAGCUAAAAGACUGGAGUGACAAGGAGUGGAAUGCUAGCCUAAAAGACUGGAGUGACAAGGAGUGGAACGCUAGCCUAAAAGACUGGAGUGACAAGGAGUGGAACGCUAGCUAAAAGACUGGAGUGACAAGGAGUGGAAUGCUAGCCUAAAAGACUGGAGUGACAAGGAGUGGAAUGCUAGCCAAAAAGACUGGUAGUCAGACUACCUGAUGUGGAGACAACAUUGAGAGUUAGGAGGGCCUUAUUAUUACAUCAAUCUCUCUAUAUCUCGAAGCGAGAAAGAGGACUUUGGCGUAACUCUUUUGUUGUUGUUGAGGAAUUCAAGAUUGGGUGUUUGAUGCUGUUGAGGAAAGGGAGUCAGAAUGGAUGCUGGUUGGUGUGGUGGGUGAUUGAGUGAAUUUUAGUGUAUCCUAUGUCCACAACCAGCCUUUUACCAAAAACAGUUACCUAAUCCAUUGGUAGACAACACUGGUCCUGGAGAGCAGUUUGACAUUUUACUGCUAGUAACGUAAGCAUUUCGCUGCACCUGCUAUAACAUCUGCCAAACUGUGUAUGCGACCAAUAAACGUUGAUUUGCAGCAGUCCUAAUCUGGA